GCUGUUUCAACAACAGAACAAUUUGAUCGCUGUUCUAUAGGCGUAUCGCCUGAAGGAGAUCCUGACACAGCAUUCUGUGGGCAAAUGGGUGCCGUGUAUCUGUUUGCUGAUUCUUUAUCGCUGGAACAAGCGAAUUCGUUAUUUUGCCUGGGACCUGGAUAUCAAUCAUAUUUUGUUCAUGACUCGGGAAGUACUCUACCUGACGGCUAUAAGAAGCAUCUAUUUGAUGGUCGACUGAGCAGUGUUCUUGUAAUGGCAUAUUGUCCGAAGAACUGUCAUGGACAACUAUGUCUGAAUUCUCCAUCAAAAGUGCCGUCCACAUAUUUCGUGCAAGUCCCGCAUGCUGUUAUGAAAGAAGGUGUCGAGGUCAUUACAACCCAUUCGAUACACAACUCAUUACGGUCUGUUGGCGGAAUUCAGAUUCUUCUACCGCUUUUUUCCCAGCUUGAUCUUCCAUGUGAGGAUGGAACAGCUAUGGAUGGGGAUAUGUGGUACGUCUGA